GCCUAACUGAACAAUUGUCAGGGAGAAAGGCAGGAGUCCUCUUAACUAUGGCUGCAACAAAGACACUUCUGAUGCUGGAAAACUUCAUAGGUGGAAAAUUUUUACCUUCCCACUCAUAUAUAGAUUCUUACGAUCCAUCUACAGGUGAGGUGUACUGCAGAGUGCCAAACAGUGGAAAAGAAGAGAUUGAGGCCGCGGUGGAGGCUGCCAGAGCCGCCUUCCCAGGCUGGUCGUCCCGGAGCCCACAGGAGCGCUCGCAGGUGCUGCACCGGCUGGCAGAUUUGCUGGAGCUGUCCCUGGAGGACUUGGCCCAGGCCGAAUCUAAGGACCAAGGGAAAACCGUAACACUGGCGAGAACCAUGGACAUUCCCCGGUCUGUCCAGAACUUCCGGUUCUUUGCCUCCUCCAUCCUGCACCACACGUCAGAGUGCACACAGAUGGACCACCUGGGCUGUCUGCACUACACUGUGCGGGCCCCUGUGGGGAUCGCUGGUCUGAUCAGUCCCUGGAAUUUGCCUCUCUACUUGCUGACCUGGAAGAUAGCUCCGGCGAUCGCUGCCGGCAAUACUGUGAUAGCCAAGCCCAGCGAGAUGACUUCGGUGACCGCGUGGAUGAUGUGCAAACUCCUGGACAAAGCAGGUGUUCCACCAGGUGUGGUAAAUAUUGUGUUUGGAACAGGGCCCAGGGUAGGUGAGGCCCUGGUGUCCCAUCCCGAGGUGCCCCUCAUCUCCUUCACGGGGAGCCAGCCCACGGCUGAGCGGAUCACACAGCUGAGUGCUCCCCACUGCAAGAAGCUCUCCCUGGAGCUGGGGGGCAAGAAUCCUGCCAUUAUCUUUGAGGAUGCAAACCUGGAGGAGUGUGUUCCAACCACUGUCAGGUCCAGCUUUGCCAACCAAGGUGAAAUCUGUCUCUGUACCAGCAGGAUCUUUGUCCAGAAGAGUAUCUAUAGUGAUUUCUUAAAGAGGUUUGUAGAAGCUACCAGAAUGUGGAAAGUUGGCGUUCCCUCUGAUCCAUCAGCCAGCAUGGGAGCUCUGAUAAGUAAAGCUCAUUUGGAGAAAGUCAGAAGUUACAUCCAGAAAGCUCGUGCUGAAGGGGCCCGAGUUCUGUGUGGUGAGGGAGUGGAUAAGUUGGAUCUGCCCCCAAGGAAUCAGGCAGGUUAUUUUAUGCUUCCCACUGUGAUAACAGACAUUAAGGACGAAUCCUGUUGCAUGAAGGAAGAGAUAUUUGGUCCAGUGACAUGUGUUGUCCCCUUUGAAAGCGAAGAGGAGGUGAUUAGAAGAGCCAACAGUGUGAAAUAUGGGCUGGCAGCGACAGUGUGGUCAGGCAACGUGGGGCGUGUCCACCGCGUGGCUAAGAAGUUGCAGUCAGGUUUGGUCUGGACCAACUGCUGGCUCAUCAGAGAGCUGAACCUUCCUUUUGGAGGGAUGAAGAGCUCCGGGGUAGGUAGAGAAGGAGCCAAGGACUCUUAUGAAUUCUUCACUGAAGUCAAAACUAUCACUGUUAAACACUGACCUUGGCCAAUGGAGAAACUAUUAUGGUCAGUACCUGGUUGCAGAUAAUCAGUCGUCCAUUGUGGUGAAUGGAAAUACUAGCGUAGGUUCCAACCCGGUCUUGACCUAGCAGGAGGUUAUCUCUGGCUAUCCUCAGUAAGUACUUUUGCCCAUUGGUGAAGAGAUGCUGUCUAUUUUCAAGGUGAAGGCAAAGAAGAGAAUGCAUCUGAACAGGAAAAUGCAAAAAGGAAGCCAAACAAUUGUCCGGCUCCUCCUAUGUUGUGUCUUCGUAGGAUUUUUAUCAUCAUUUUGAUUGAAUUCUCGGAAAUUCACAGAUAAUCAGAAUUUUUUUUUUUUUCCAUUUGCAAGUGGGUGGUUCAAAAAACCUCUGCAAAGCUAAAGAGAAACAAAUGACCACGAUUUCCUACCUUUGGGAAGAUUGUCCAGAUGGUCUCCCUGUUCGUCAGC